ACAAGGCUCACACAUUCAUUCUUCCUGAGGGAAAGACAGUCAGAGAGAAGAAAGGUGGCAAACUACUUCUGUAACUCCACUGACCUUCUGUUACAUCAGGACCUACCAGACCAGGACAUCAACACAGAACCAGCAACCUCAAGCAUCCCAGCGGUUACACUCUCAGGAAGUUACAUCACAACAAUCAGCCUUGGUGGAAAGAACAAAAAAAUUACGUACUUUUGUUUUGAGGAACAUUGUGAUGUGUUGUGACUUGUCGUGAAAAAUUGCUUUGACUCAGUUGGACAACAGCAAAGAGGACAGCUUUGUACAGGAGGACAAAUCAUUCUGGGAAUAAUCUCUCAUUUGCAUAAAAAAAUCUACUGAGGCGUUCAGGUAACUUGCAUCUUAAAAUGGAGGACAUGUCCAGAUUCAACGAGUUAACUUCAGAAAACUCUAAGGAUUCAAUACAACACACCACAGACGGGAUUCAAACAGCUAAAACUCCAGCACCAGGGAAAGCACCUGGCCAAGGCCUGCUUUGUAAAGUGUGUGCUGACUCAAGCAGCGGUAAACACUAUGGCAUCUAUGCUUGCAAUGGCUGCAGCGGCUUCUUCAAGCGCAGUGUGAGGCGAAGACUCAUCUACAGGUGUCAGGCUGGAACUGGCAUGUGCCCUGUUGACAAGGCUCAUCGCAACCAAUGCCAAGCUUGUCGACUGAAGAGAUGCCUCCAAGCUGGCAUGAAUAAAGAUGCUGUGCAGAAUGAGCGUCAGCCACGGAGCACAGCACAGGUCAGUCUAGACUCUUUAAAAGUGGACUCUCAGGAGGAACACCUGGCCACGACACGGGAGACGAUCUCCUCUGCCCCCUACUCAUCAGUUACCAGCAGACCACUGGUCAGUUCGUCCAUCACCCCUCCUGCCACACAGCCCUGCAGUAGCCCCAAGAACAACCACCGCUUUAUGGUCAGCCUGCUGACUGCAGAGACUUGUGCUAAACUGGAACCGGAGGAUGUGGAAGAGAAUAUUGAUGUGACGACUAAUGAGCCAGACAGGGAGAGGACCCCCUCAGACUGUUGCUUGCUCCCAUACAACUCCAGCUGUCCAGAGAACGUGUAUGAGACAUCGGCACGUCUCCUCUUCAUGUCUGUCAAGUGGGCAAAGAACCUGCCAGUGUUUUCUCACCUGCCGUUUCGAGACCAGGUGAUUCUGCUAGAGGAAGCCUGGAGUGAGAUGUUUCUCCUGUGUGCGAUCCAGUGGUCUCUACCCCUGGACAAUUGUCCUCUCCUGUCUCUGCAAGAUCUUUCCCCUGCCCAGCAGUCCAAGGCUGGCCCCCCAACAUCUGACCUGCGCAUCCUGGAAGAGGUCUUCAACCGCUUCAAGGCCCUGGCUGUUGACCCAACCGAGUUUGCCUGCCUAAAGGCCAUUGUCCUCUUCAAGCCAGAAGUCCGUGGUCUCAAAGACCCAGAGCAGGUGGAGAACCUGCAGGACCAGUCACAGGUGUUGCUGGGCCAGCACAUCCAUUCAGUAUACCCCAGUCAGAAUGCCAGGUUUGGGAGACUGCUACUGCUGCUACCAUCCCUCCACUUUGUGAGCACAGAGAAAAUAGAGCAGCUGUUCUUUCACAGGACCAUUGGCAGCACACCCAUGGAGAAGCUGCUGUGUGACAUGUUCAAAAACUAAACAAGCCCCAAGGAAUGCUAAAUGAAGCUGGCACUCACGCAACAUGUUAUCUUGUUGUAUAAAAUCCAUUUUGUACAUAUUUAUAUGAAAGUUGUGAUUUCUCCCAUUUGCAGAGAUAAUUAAAGCUGAUACUACUUUUUUUGCUCAAUGAUUAUCACAGUUUACUUUGUAUUACAGUUUUGUUACUGCUUCUGCUAAAUUAAAAAAACAAAAUAAAUAAAGUGUCAGUAUUUCAUAGUAAGAAACAGCAUUUGUCUCAUUAUUUGAAAAUG